ACAGACUCGGAGAACAAUACUCUGUCCAAAGUAGCGUAAACAAAUCUCAAAGCCCAUACAUACAAUCGUUCUUCUAAAGAUCGCCAGUUGAAGGCAAGCCAAUCCAUAUUUUCAUCCAACACGAACUGCGUUUUUAUGUUGGUCCAUGUGGUUUUCGCGGAGCCGUACAUAUGUCUGUGUCGCUUUGAGUGCGUGGAUCUAGUUUGUUAACCGCAACUGGCAUCGUGAAGGGAAAAAAGUCUACCCAAGUGUACAGGCAAGAUGUCUUUUAUGAGAGGGCCCGCACCCGUUCGGAGGACUCUGCAGUAUCUCGAGAAAGGUCGCCUGGUAUUCAAGGACCGAGUGAAGAUCAUGAGCCUGAACUUCAACACCGCCGGAAGAGCCAGGGAUCGACACGAAGGCAUGCAAGAGUUCGUCUUCUGGUUCCUGCCCCAGGUUCUGUACAAGAACCCCGAUGUGCAGGUCGUCCUAUUCAAGAACAAGACGCCAACACCGUUCGCGAGGUUUUGGCUCGAAGACGGCAAAGAAGUCAUCAUGGACGUCGACGGGAAGAGCAAAGAAGAGAUCCUAAACCAAAUGCUCGUGACGCUGGGUAAGACGACCGAACAACUACAGAAGGAAGCACUCAUGCGAGAGAAGAAAGAUACGCCGGCAAACUUCGGCCGGCACUACGACAAGUUCUGCAUCUGCGAGGUCCCGGGACAAGUUCCGUGCCCGGGAAUCGUUCCCCUUCCUAAAAGCAUGCGCGGCAAGUGCCGCGCUGAACAAGAACGGUGAAUUAACAAGGAAAGUGAAAGUGGUGUAGCAUUGCGUGUGAAAUCGGGAAGCGAAAUGCUGCAAGACUGUCGAUUCGUGUAAAGUGCGCCGACCAUGUAGCCUGCUGCUACAGAAACUGAUCGUGUUGUAGUUUAGAAGCUUCAGUCGCAACCAACGCUUAUCCGGGAAUAUUUUAUCGGCAGUCUUACAGCAUUAAAUGAACAUGAACAUUUUCUAUCGUCGCUUAAAAGGAAUAUUUCAUUCAGAGUGAGUGUAACACCCGUAGAGCUAUACUUCACGAGUUUACAGUAAACAAUAAAAACUUCAUUUUCAUAUUGUGAGGUAA